CUGCUUCUUUUACCGUUUCUUUUUUCUUAUUCUUCUCUUUCUCUUCUCUUUCCCUUGUAGACCCGAUUUUUCCCACUCUUUUCCCACUCUUUUGUCCAUCUGAAAUCGUACCUACCUGGUAUACUCCUUCCAUGUCAGAGCAAGAUGCCAUCCAUGACUUGCAAUCCUUGAUUCCGGUUGCUGUUUCUCUCUUUAAGUGAUCUCCUACGCUGUUUGAUUCUCUUCUCUAUAAUAUAUUAUCGGUUUUAUUCCAUGCGUUGACGCAACCCCUCUGCCACUUCGUUCAUUUAACCGGCCUCAACUCCCGGAUUCUUCUUCAAGACUCGUUUGGUUUUACUAGGACUCCUAUGCAGGACGUCGUGAGUGCCUAACUCCCUUUGGUCCCAAAGUUUGCUGGUUCACUGCAGCAAUUCGCCGAGAAUGGUGGUUCUCAAACGGUUCUUCCAUGCGGAGAGAGCUUCACCAACCCCGGGCUCCAGGGAUGCAGACAUCCCGAGUAGGAGCCCAUCACAACGCACCCAAGCAUCGGGAUUGGGUCUGAGCUCGAAGAAUGCACAGCUGCUGGAUGGAAAUGGGCAUUUUCAGAACAUCGAAAAACAAUUUGAAGCGAUGCAUGAGCAAUUGCAGGCCCGAUCCAUGCCCCCGCCUACACACAUUCCGCUCUCUCGUGCCUCAAUCCGUCUUGCAAAUAGAAAUGCGCGACAUAUCGACCUGCUGGAUGCUUUGCUCACAUUCCAGAAGCAUCAGAUUGUGUCAUCUGGCCUGGUAUCACCCACUGCACCAUACAAUGAGGAUGUUGCGGAGCGAAAUAUGGCGCCGUUUCUGCGCGGACGACAACCACGAAGCAAGAAUCUCUACUCGCGCAGUAUUUCACCUCUGUACCAGGAGGACGUUGCGGAUAGAAAUAUCGCGCGGAAUCGAAGGAGGAGCCGCUCACUGACCCGAUCCAAAUCGCACCGCUCCUACCAGCCGAGUUGUCAAAAUGGUGGUGUGAAAGGGCGCCCACGCUCGAAAACGAAAGAAAGUCAGAUCCUGCGUUCAACCUCGCCGGACUCUUUACGUCCCAUACAGACCCCCCAGGGAGAGACAAGGGCCUCUAGCUCAAACGACUCGGAGAUCCCGUAUACCGGGAGGCAUCUAGGUGUACCCCCAGCAUACAAGCAAGGGGAUUCUUGGAGCAACACGCCUCUCCCAGACAGUCCAACAUUACCCAUGACCAUGGGUUAUCAGCCGCGAAAGCUGAACGAGAACCCACGACAAGACUCCCCAGCGGGCUCAACUCCCAGCCCGCGUUUACCAAAGACGCCCAAAGAGCAAAAAAGUCCGGGAUUUCGCCCAAGAUCAUCGGGCUUGAAGAAAAAUGUCCGUGAUCUCUCCAUCAACACGGAAUUAGCUGCUCUAGGAAGACCCCACAACAUUGCCCACCGUGCCAUCCAACCGCCAACCCCGAGCAACUUGGAAGGGAACCAAACCUCCAGUAUUGCGGAGGUUAUGAACAGCCCUCUGCAAAUUGCAACACCAACAUCCCCCGCGCUCUCGCUACUGCCCAUGACCAACCAGAAGGUAGCAGAGAUCAUGGAUAUGUUCCGCAGGGCGUACAUGUCUACACAAACCAUAUCACCACACCCAACAUUCGAGACUCUCCAAGACGCAAUUAUCCGCGAAAUCAACUCCCACGAGGCAUUUCAACGUGUGCCUGUGCCUGAAGCCGGCCCAGCAUUUACUCCAUCUCCUUCCCAGGACUCAUUUGACAAGAGUGCACCAGCUCUUAAGCCCUCAUCAUCAACCUCACUCAAAGAUGGGCAGCUGUCCAGAUUGAUCCGAAAGGGCUCCCUGAAGAGGCACAUGAGAGACUCGGAACUCCGUAAAAGCAUCUCCACCAGCGUCCCCUCCCACGUCUCCCGACAAACCCCCAGUCGACGCAGACACACCGACGCGCCACACCCAACCCCAGGCUUCUUCGACACAACGGAACCCAACCAGCUCACCGGUGAAGAACCAGUCACCUACAUGGAUCUACUUUUGCAGACCGAGAAAUCCACACCCCAACCCUGUUGUGCUAGCGGCCUCAGCACCACGCCAUCCAUUCUUUACAUGCGGGCCCAGACAUCCGGUUCAGACCGUGAAAGCCGAGCUAGCUUAUCUGCUGACGAUAGUGAUGAUGAAAUCAUCCAUCUUCCGAGUGUUGGAACCAUCCCUCAGGUCCAGAUCCAUGGUGUCGACGAGAACAAUGUUACAUAUGUGGCUGCAGAGAAUACGACACCUCGAAACGCUUACCGGUUGAUGAAUUGGCCGCGGAAAUCCAACCGCAGCGUCAGUUGGCGCAGUACCUUGACCAGGAACGGUAGCGCUUCUACAAAAAAUAGAAACAGUGGGCUCUCCGUGCAGUCGUACUGAAUUUGUUUUUCUCAUUCCCAUUUCUCGAAAAUCUCUCCUUCUCCUCUCUCCCUGCUCGUUUCUCUCGAACUUCGAUCACAAGGCAACGACGCUAUUCCAUGAGCCAUGACAACCCAUGUCUCGUCUUAUCAUUCCAUCCCUGCGUCCUUGCAUUUCCUACAUGUCAUAUCAUCCAUCUACAUAUACCUCAUCAACACCUAGUAUCACUUCAGUCUCUUUCUCAUCUAAGUACCUCUACUUUGGCAUCUAGCAUCUUUCCUUGCCCAGGAGCUCUCUUUCUUCGGUCUCUGUCUUGCGCUCAUUCGUUUCUCUUUCUGUGUCUGUCUGUCUGUCUGUCUCUGAUUUUCUUUUCCAACACAAAAAUAUUCCCGAUGGUUUUGGCGCAUCGGCGUCAUUUCUUACUAGAAUAAGG